AUGUUUAUAAGUAAACGUUUACUUUUGUCUAUCUCAGUCUGUUCAUGUCUGUCUGUCUGUCUGUCUGUCUAUCUAUCUAUCUAUCUAUCUAUCUAUCUAUCUAUCUAUCUCUGUUUAUAUCUAUCUAUCUAUCUAUCUAUCUAUCUAUCUAUCUAUCUAUCUAUCUAUCUAUCACAGUCUGUUCAUUAUCUAUCUCUGUCUAUUCAUAUCUAUCUCAUAAAUCUAUCUUUGUUUCUAUAUUAUUUUUCGUGGGCUGUCUCUUCUUUCUUUCUUUCUUUCUUUUCUUUUCUCUCUCUUUCUUCCUUUCACUCUUUCUUUUUCUCUCUUCUUUUCUUUCGCUUUUUCUCUAUUUCUUUUCUUUCUUUCAGUUUCUUUAUCUUUUCUCUCUCUCACUAUUUCCCUUUGCUUUCUGUCGCUUCCUUUCUCUCUUCGAUCUUUGAACCCCUUCUUUCUAAUUAUUCCUCUCUUUCUCGAUUUCUUUCUCUCUUAGUCUUUUUCUUUCUUUCCUUCCCAUCUUUUUCUUUCUCUCUCUCUCUCUCACUUUCAUUCUUUUUUCUCUCUUUCUUUUCCUGUUUUCCUUUUCUGUCUCUCUCUCUCUCUCUCUCUCUCUCUCUCUCUCUCUCUAAACCUCUCGCUCCUUUAGAAUGGUGGUCUGUCUAUCUAUCUAUCUAUCUAUCUAUCUAUCUAUCUCAGUCUUUUCAUAUUUACCUCAGUCUGUUCAUAUCUAUCUAUCUAUCUAUCUAUCUAUCUAUCUAUCUAUCUAUCUCAGUCUGUUCUAUUUCUUCUUCAUAUCUAUCUAUCUAUCUAUCUCAAUCUAUUCAUAUCUAUCUAUCUAUCUAUCUAUCUAUCUAUCUAUCUAUCUAUCUAUCUAUCUCAGUCUGUUCAUAUUUACCUCAGUCUGUUCAUAUCUAUCUAUCUAUCUAUCUAUCUAUCUAUCUAUCUAUCUAUCUAUCUCUGUCCUUAUCUAUCUCAAUCUAUUCAUAUCUAUCUAUCUAUCUAUCUAUCUAUCUAUCUAUCUCAUCUAUUCAUAUUUACCUCAGUCUAUUCAUAUCUAUCUAUCUAUCUAUCUAUCUAUCUAUCUAUCUCUGUCAAUCUAUCUCAAUCUAUUCAUAUCUAUCUAUCUAUCUAUCUAUCUAUCUAUCUAUCUCACUCUCACUUUCCCUUUUGAUGACCCCCUCCAAUCCCUCUCUGUAUCACACAUUAUUCUCUCUUUUUCUCGCUCUCUCUCUCUCUCUCUUUCUCUCUCACUCUCUCUCCCCCUCACUACCCCCUCUUUCUCACUUUCUCUCUCACUGUCAAUCACUCUUUUUCUCUCAAUCACUCUCUUUCUCUCACUUACUCACUCUCUCACUCACACUCUCACUGCCUCUCUCUUUUUCUCACUCUCGCGCUCAACUCAUCUCUCUCUCUCUCUUUUACUCUCUACGUCCCUCUCUCUUUCUCCCUCUCUCUCUUUCUCUCUCUCUCUCUUUCUCUCUCAUCUCGGUACCUCACCAAGCGUGA